AUGAAGUUCAUCGUUGCUCUCGCUGCCCUCACCGCUGUUCCCGCUGUCUUCGCCGCUGCUCCCGCUGUCACGGCGAACUCGUACAAGAUCACGUACGACACCUUCUACGACACGGGUAGCAACUCCGUGAACAACUUUGCGUGUUCGGGCACUCUUGACAAAGAAGGCUAUACCACUGCCAGCUCUCUCCCAGGUUUCCCGUUCAUCGGAGGAGCGGGCGUUAUCACCGGCUACGACGCUCCUGAUUGCGGAACUUGCUGGCAAUUAAACUAUAACGACAACUCGAUAUACCUUCUUGCGGUCGAUUAUGCCGGCGAAGGCAUCUUCAACAUUGGGAAGACGGCAUUCAAUACCCUCACUAACAACAACACCAACGGUGUUGUAGAAGCAACUGCUUGGCAGGUUGCCACCUCUAAGUGCAGCGGUUCUAAGUGA